UAAAAAGAUGAUCAAUAAAUUGUUUUGGUUGCUAUGCAUACAUGGCUUCUUGGCUGAAUGAUCAUUUAUUUUGAUCUGAAAAGUUGAAGAGUGGAGAAAUUAAAAUGAGUGUCAUGUUUAGUCACAUUGAUUUCAACCCUCAGGAGGAUGAUGAGGAGCAAUUAGAUAUAGAAGAUGCACACCAACAAGAAGAAUUAAAAGCAUUUCUUGACGAUCAAUUAAAUGAUGAUUAUCUCCUUGAGGAUGCCUCAUUCAAUCAAACUUCAGAUGAAAUCGAAAAAAAUGAUUCUCCUUCAUUAAUGUUGAAUACGGAUUUUCCAACAGAAACUAACAUCAAAGAGAAUGGAUUCAGUUUUGGAUUAAGUGAAGACUAUUUACAAUUAAGGAAAAGUGUGUACCCAUUUCAACAGCCUUUUAUAUCUGAAUUAAAUAAUAAUGCUGAGAGCUAUGCUGAUGUUAACAGUUUUAGUACAGAGUACUUACCUAAAAAUAGUAGAGAACAGUUGGAGAUUCUUUAUCAAGCAAGAGGAAGAAAAAUAGAAGAGCUACAAAAAAGUUUAGAAGAAAAAGUAGAAGAGAAAGAAAAAGAAAUUCGAGUUCUUAGACAUAAGUUAACGAUGAGUUCAACUGAAAUGGAAGGUUUAAGAAUAAAUAUUGGUCAACUAAAUGCAGUAAUCCAAGAUCAUAAGCAUGAAAUAAAUAAUCUGCAGGGUUUGGUUCAAAAUGAACAAGAACAAUGCAGGUUGCUAACUAAUCAGAUCGAAGAAGCAAAUGAAAAGCUUUUUGUCUCAGAUUCUACAAUUAGUGCAUUACAGAUGCAAAUACGAGAACUCAACCAGACAGAAUCAUUAUCAAGAGCGCGUGCCCAUCAUGAAAGCAUGUUAGCUUCAAUGAGGGAGAAACACGAAGAAGAGAUUUUAUCAUUAAAAGAAAAAGUAGAUGAUCUGCAACAAAGUUUAGCAUGGAAGAGUGAAGACCUUAAUAGAUACAAAGAGCUUUUGGAUUCUAAUUCCUCGGGUAGUGAAAUUGGAAUGCUGAGAAAUCGUCUUUCUAAUGAAGAAAAAAAAGUGAUUAGUCUAGAAAAAGAUUUGGCUUUACUCACAAAGCAUAAUACUGAUUUGGAAGAACAACUAAAAAUGUUUGAAGUUGCUUUAAAAACAGACUCUACUUUUGGUUAUUUAUCUUCCACCCCUUACAAUGCUGCAAAUGCACAUAUGGGGAGAGACCAGGUUGAUUAUAAAUCUCCUAUUGCAAGAGAUACAAAAAGAUUAAAUAUCAAGUCAAAUGAUGACAGUAAUGUUCGAAAUGAACUAAUCAAGGCAUUAAAUUCUAAUCGUGAAAAGCGGCAAGAAAUUAAAAUGCUUUAUGAUGAAAUAGCUUCACUCAAGUUAAAAUUGGAAAAAAAUAGUAAUACAUCAAAAGAACAUGAGUUUGCUUGCAAAGCUAUAAAUAGAUCAUUAGAAUUACUAGCUGAUCCUAAGCUAUGUGAAACUUGUAAAUGUUUACAAAAUGAUUUGGAUGCUCAAAGUAAAGAAUUUCAAUCCAUUGUUAUUGAAUUCAAUAAAAAGUUGGAGUCUUUAGAAAAAGAAAAUUUAGAACUUAAAAAAAACAUGGUUGAAAUGGUCAAAAACUUCGACAAAGAUAAAAUGAGUUGUCUUGAAAAACAAAACAAUACUUUAAUGCAGUUAGUUAAUGAUGCUAAGGAAAAUUUAAAAAAAGAACUUUUAGAUGCACAUCAACAAAAAGUAUUGUCAUUAAGUAAAGAAAUUGAUCGCUUGAAUGGAGAGCUAUUAUUUACCCAAGAGGAGUAUAACAAACUGUGUGAUGAUGUGAAAUCUGUUGAAAACCAUUUAGCAGAAGAAUUUAGUAGAGAAAAACAACUUGCGCUACUUGAGUUAGAAAAUAAGUUACAAAAUGAACACCAAGAAAAGCUUUUGCAAUUGAAGGACAAACUAAAUAGUCAGCAUAUGGAAGAUAUAGAAGCAUCAAAAAUAAAAUGGCUUGAAGAGCACAAUAAGGAGCAAGAGAUUCUUAUUCAAAAUGCAGUUUCAUCAUCAAAGGUUGACUUUUUAAAUGAUUAUAAAAAUCAGUUAGCUAUUGAAAUUAAUAAAGCAGUUGAUGUAGCAAGAAAUGAAUGGCUGAUAAAUCAGCAUUCAGAAACAGAUGCAUUGAUCAAACAGUUAAAAGAUGAAUGGACCUCUGAACAACAGGAUGUUGUUCAGGCUAAACUAAAUUCUGCAAAAGCAGAAUGGGAUCAUAGUAAAAGAAAUGAGUUUAAUACCAUGCUAAAAAAUCACCAAACAGAAGUUAGAAAACUACAAGAGAAUUUAGAUUUGGCAAAUAAAGAAAUUCUGUAUCUAAAAUCACAACUUUUAUCAACAGAAAAUGUUUUAGAAUCUUUUCAAGCAGAUUUUAAAAAACACAAUGACAUAAAAGCACUGAAACCUAAUGAUGAUAAUGUAAAAAAUAGUGAAAUUAACUCAAAUAUGGCUGAUAUGAAGUCAGCUGUUGACAAAAGUCAAUCAUCUGUUCUUUUAGAUGAAAUUCUUCAAAGUAAUGUUCAAAAUGGUGGCAUUCAAAACCAAGAUGAUAUUUGGAAAAAAAAAGAGAUAUCUUGGAAAAAGCGAGAAGAAGAAUUAACUCUUUUAAUCAAAGAAAUGCAAGAGCAAAAUGCUUUAUUAAAGAAGGACUUAACUCAAAACGCACUAGCGAAAUCACAUGUAGAUAUAUUAGAAGAAAGAGAAGGUCAACAAACAUUACCUGCCUUAGAAGAAAAACUUAGUACAAUAAUAAGAUCAAAAGAAAAAGUUUGGAAUAUAAAGGAAACUAACUACAAAAAAGAUAUUAAUAGUAUUGCGGAAGAAUUGAAAAACAUGAAAAGUGUGAUUAUUGAUAAAGAUCAACAGAUAUUUAGUUUGCGUAAAGAUUUCCUUGAUUUAAAAGAAUCAGGUGAUAAAAAAGUCUAUCAAUAUCAAAAACAAUUGUCCGAUUUUAAAAAUGUGGUAAAGAAGCUAGAAGAACAACUAAUGCUUGAAAAAGAAAUAGCAAAAGAAGAAUUUGAUAGCCUUCAAGCAACAAUUGAGGGAAAAAUUCAUUCUGCUGUUUUGGCUGAAAAGAAAAAAUACCAACAAGAGUUUGAUAAAUUUCGAGAUGAACAGUUAAAAACAGAGAGCCUUCUCUUAAAAGAACGUUUGCUCAACGAAGUUCAAAAUCAAUCAGAUAAAGACAUAAAAGAUAUUGAGACUGUUAAAGCAGAAUACGAUGUUAUAAUCAAAAAUUUAAAGCAGGGGUUUCGUGAAAAGUUAGAAAAAAUUAGUGAAAUGAAAAAAAAGUGGCUUGCAGAAGAGGAAGAAAAAAGAUCAAUAUUAGAGAAAAAUUUUAAAGAACAGUUUUCAAUUAAUAAAAAGAAUCUGCAGGACAAACACAAUGAGUUAUUUGUUCAACAAAGGCUGAAAUAUGAAAAUAUCUUGGCAGAACUUGAAGAGUCUUUGGCUAAAGUAAAAGAAGAGAAAAAUAAGGAAAUUAAAACAUUUCAAAUUGAGAAAUCAAAAAUGGAAGAGGUUAUUGCAAGUAUGACUUCUCUUCAUAAACAAGAAAUGUCAGCUCUUGAUGCAGAAUGGCAAUCGCGGCUUGAUAAAGAGCGUUUUAUUAUAGAACACUAUAAAACUAUGAGGCAAAGAGACGGACUAAAAGAACAAGAAUAUGUUAAACAUAUCAAUGAGCUAAAAAUGGAUGAUCGUUCCAAAGAAACAAAUGAAAAAAGGGUUAUAGAUAAUACACCAAACGAAGGAGUAGAAAAUAUGCGUGCGUUUUACUUACGAGCAGUCGAGCAAAUAAACUUUGACGUAAUGGAACAUAUUAAAAGCAUGCGAACAAAUGCUGCUACUCAAAUAAGGGAAGCUGUAAAAAAGGAGAGACGUGAUAUAUUUCGAAAAUUAAAGUCUAAAAAAGAAGUAAAGAGUUUGAAUCGAAUGUACAGCGAUGAAGAAAUAUUUGAGGUCAAUUUUAGUUCAUCCAAUAAAUUUAAGACUGACGAUAAAUUAAAUGACAAGUUAAGAAGAAACCAAACAGGUGGCCAUGUCACUAACGACCUUUAUGCUUUGGACGAAAAAAAGACUUCAGUUCUAGGAAGGAAUGAAUUAAUCCGUGAUAAACCAAACAACGAUAAACAAAGUUAUUCUCAACGUUCUUUAGAAAAAGAAAAUAUUCGAAAUAUUAUUAGCCCAAAUAAUUUAGAAAUCGAUAAUCAAAACAAAAAUUCCGUUUUUUAUUUCCAGAAAACUUUAUCCAAUAAUCCAGAAAAACUUAAUGAACAAGAAAAGAGUAAAAGUCAUUUAUCUAAUAGCAAUCAUUUAAAAACUCAAAGUAACACUCAUUCGAGUGCCACUUCAAGUUCUGUAAACGAUCUUCCAGUAAGUUUAAAAAGGAGCGACGGUAAAGUGUCGUAAAAAAUUUAACGGAGAUAAAAAUGUUUUCGUUAGUAUUGAUCUAUAAAAAAUUAUAAUUUAUAUAAACUACCAUGUUUGUUUUUUUAUUGUAAGUAAGUUUGAAUAAUAAAUGUGUAUAUAUUUUUAAUGUUAAAUAUAUAUAAAUAUAUAAAUUAAUUUUUUAUAAAAAAGCAAUUUUGCAAAUGAAAAAAUAUUUAUAAAGAUAUUUAUAUUGUGGGUAAAUAUUUAUAUGUGUGUUGUUUCAAAAAAAAUUAAUUAUACGAUUGUAAAGGUAUGUAAUAUUUAUAGAACAUGUGAUUUAACUUUCAA